AUGUUCCUUGCAUCAAGGUCCGAUACCACAGAUACAACAACAACAGCAACGCGAAAGGUCCAAGAUGAGACAGAGGAAGUGAAUCCACGAAAGCUUGGCCUUGCGUUGCAAUUGGACGAUGGGACAAGGAAAUCCCAUAGCAUGGCACAAAACACGGCAUUCGUCAGUGGGUUCUUCAAGGGUUUGGCCAAUCGCGAAUCUUAUGGAGCCCUGCUGAAGUCCCUGUAUUUUGUUUAUGAUGCCAUGGAAAAGGCCAUGGAUGAAUCAGACGAAUAUCGGGUCCAACAACUCGACCUUCCCGCCUUGCGUCGAGUGACCUCGUUGGAGCGUGAUUUGGAAUAUUUCUAUGGCAACAAUGGCGAUUCUGCGAAAUCGUUCUUGUCAAAUGUACAGCCAAGUCCUGCUACUCGGACAUAUGUCGCUCGCAUUGAGCAAGUUGCCAAAUCCAAACCAUACUUGCUCAUUGCUCAUCAAUAUACCAGAUAUUUGGGGGAUUUGUUUGGCGGGCAAAUGAUGGGUGGUAUGGCCAGCUCUACCUUGGGAUUAUCCAAUGGAGAAGGUACAGCCUUUUACGAAUUUGACCAAAUCCCAAAUACCCAGGCCUUUAUCACAAAGUGGUACAAGUUAUUGAACGACUUGGAUUUGACUGAAGAGCAAAAGCAAGAAAUUGUCGAUGAAGCCAAUUUGGUCUUUGAUAUGAAUGUCGGCAUUCUUCAAGAGUUGGAAGGAUCACCGAUCCAGGCUUUUGUUACUUUGGCUAUUAACAGUUUCAAGGCACGAUUGGGAUUUGCAUAG